ACCAACCAAUUGACUACUGCAAUCGUGGUUAGCGAUAAGAAUAAAUGGCGUUUUUAAUAUUUGCUAACCUGUUAAUGAUGCAAAAAGCUCUAUUAAAAAUGUGUUUGUAAAAGUGUUCCAGUUAAUUUGAAAGAUGUGAAUUAGUUGUGACUGAAUUUACAAAUUAUGUACUGCCUUCAGUGGCUUAUUCCCGUGUUGUUGAUGCCCAAACCUUCAAACCCAGCCCUGGUGCAAACCCAUGUUAUGUUCAUGGUCUUGUAUUUAAUUGGAUUUUUCCUGGAGAGAAAACCCUGCACAAUAUGCAGUUUAGUGUUUCUAGCUACAGUAUUUUUGAUUUGCUACAGCGGCAUGGGGAACUGUCUGUUCUGGGCCUCCUUUUGUGAAAACGAAAAUGGUUAGCUGAGCCACCAAGUCUAUUUUUUAUCCAAAUUGAGGUAAAGACAGCCCUUUUUACUGUAUCAGGACCUCGUGAUUAUUUAUUAUGUUUUAUGCAAUUUUUCUGUACAUAAAUGACUAUUAUGUUUAUAUUGUUAUUUAUUAAGAAUGGCAUCUGUUUUUCUACCAAAGAAGCCUUUUUUGAUAUGUACAUAAUUUGUAACGAUCCUAUAAUUUUGUGAUUUUCAACAAUGUUGAAUUAGAAACACCAAUGAUGAGCAUAAUGUGCCACUUGUACAGUAUGUUUUAAAAUAAAUCUUCCAACAAUUUUGUCCAGUUACUUUAUAAUUAUUGUAAAAAGUAUGUUAUGUUAGAUUCUUUACUUGCUUUAAAUAAAUUGAUGCUAAACAA